CAGUAUGACAUGCAGAUGAGUGCCGUCGAUCUUAGAAUCACCGCACACUUCACUCAUUUGGGCAGUCACGGGGCCAAAACCAGAGUGUGGAGCCACAGUGUGGCGGUGGACGCAGCAGCAAUGGGAGGAUACAGCACCCUAUGAAAAAAUGGAACCCACCAGCAGUGUGAGGAGACCUGAAAGUGGCACAUGGCAGAGUGUGGCGAUGGAGACAGCAGCAAUGGGAGGCCGUACAGGGACCCAUGACACACUCUGGACCUGGCAGCAGCAUGAGGAGGCGGUACAGGGGCCCAUGACAGAUUACGGGCCUGGCAGCAGCAAUGGGAGGCCCGUAAUCUGCCAGCACCCUAUGACAAAAUGGAACCCACCAGCAGUGUGAGGAGACCUGAAAGUGGCACAU